AUGAGUGAUCAGCAUGAAGAACUAGUUGAGCUUUUUGUAUCUUCCUUAACCGACCAGUUAGUGAUACUAUACUCAGAUGGUCCAUCUGAAGGAACGAAUGAUAAAUUCAUUGAGAGAGGAUUACUGGCUUUACUUGCUAAAAAUGAAACGUCCAAGGAGGAAGAGUUAGUCAUGCAAGAUGCCAUACCACUUGCGAUACAACGAUGGAAAGACACAACUCCUGUUUCGGUGCCUAAAAAGUCCAAAUCGACACCGAUAUCCCUUUUUGAUCAGUUGACGGGAGGCGGGUUUCAGCCUCCUGUAACGAUAGAUGAUAUCAAGGAAGCACAAAGUGCUGAGGAUAGGCUUACAGUCUUCCGAAGCGUAUCUUAUGUUGACGAUCUGCUUCUAGACUGGAAUGAAAUUAAAUCAAUGCUCUUGAGUGAUCUACGAGGGAGCCUACAGGCCAAUGCAGCUGUAGACAUCAUCAAAAUUCAUCGAAAAUACUAUGAUUUGGGACGAGCUUCGUCAGAGUACCUUUUGUUGCAAUAUGGCAUCUGCCACAAUAUUUUCGAUGCGAUAAUGUCGUAUACUCAACAAGAUAAUUCCAAUGCAGAAUUAUUACUCUUACUGAUUAGAACGUGGUGUGAUAUCUUGGUGGACCUUAUCCAACGAGACGUUUUCGUUGAGGAGUUGGUUGGCACUAUGGAGUCCAGGAUGUUGGAGCUUCUCCUCGAUGACUCAAAGUACCAUAUUGCAACGUCAACAGAGAGUAUUCAAUUCUCUACAGCGCAUGUUCUAGCAUUGGCGGAUACCCGUGCUAGGUGGUUUCAAGGAUGGGUACGUUCAACAUCAGUGGGAAGUCUCUUGACAUUACUCGAGAAAACAUCCAUUCUUCCGACCGUCAUCUCGCGGUGUUGUCUUGAUUCCACCGAGACAGAAUCGGAUAAUAAUUCUAGGGCAAUGCAGAAAGUUUUGCGGGAUCAGUCGUUGGUUAUUCUUGCCAGCAUAAUGGAGAAAACAAGAGUAUCGUGUUUUCCUUGGCAUUUGGCGUCCUCCAUUUUUGUCGAUAUUGAGCAGUCAACCGAAGAUGGGCCUGCUCGAACUACGGCUCACAUUGGCAAAAUCAUCGAGAUCUUUCUCCAGACCAUGGCGAUGGAGGAGUCGACGACUAGCUUGCAAGUCUGCUGCAAUGCAUUGGAAGAUGUAUUGUCAGGGUGCAGGGCUGCAUCUGAUUAUGCAGAGCUCAUUUCGAAACUCAACGAAAGAGUAUCCGCAAUGUCGGUGAAAGUACGAAACAAAUGGGAGAAACCGAAUCUUAGAUUGCAACAUUAA